GAAGCGGCGGCGCGGAGGGGCGGCGCGGGGAGCAUGGCGGGCCGGCGGCUGAACGUGAACGUGGGCGUGCUGGGCCACAUCGACAGCGGCAAGACGGCGCUGGCGCGCGCGCUCAGCACCACGGCCUCCACCGCCGCUUUCGACAAGCAGCCGCAGAGCCGCGAGCGCGGCAUCACGCUCGACCUGGGCUUCUCCUGCUUCUCGGUGCCGCUGCCCGCGCGCCUGCGGCCGGCGCUGCCGGGGGCCGGGGCCGACGCCGAGCCCGGGGCCGAGCCGCGGCUCCAGGUCACGCUGGUCGACUGCCCCGGGCACGCCUCCCUCAUCCGGACCAUCAUCGGCGGGGCCCAGAUCAUUGACCUGAUGAUGCUGGUCAUUGACGUGACCAAGGGGAUGCAGACGCAGUCAGCCGAGUGCCUGGUGAUCGGGCAGAUCGCCUGCCAGAAGCUGGUGGUGGUGCUGAACAAAACAGACCUCCUGGCCGAGGGGAAGAGGCAGGCAGCCAUUGAGAAGAUGACCAGGAAGAUGCAGAAGACCCUGGAGAACACCAAGUUCCGAGGUGCACCGAUCAUACCCGUGGCGGCCAGGCCUGGGGGGCCAGAGGCCCCCGAAACAGAAGCUCCGCAGGGCAUCUCCGAGCUCAUUGAGCUCCUGACGUCGCAGAUUCCUAUCCCAGCAAGAGACCCGUCGGGACCGUUCCUCAUGUCUGUGGACCACUGCUUCUCCAUCAAAGGCCAAGGCACAGUGAUGACAGGGACCAUCCUCUCAGGCUCCGUCAGCCUCGGCGACAGCGUGGAGAUCCCUGCCCUCAAGGUGGUGAGGAAGGUGAAGUCCAUGCAGAUGUUCCGCACGCCCGUCACCUCCGCCAUGCAAGGAGACCGGCUGGGCGUCUGUGUCACCCAGUUCGACCCCAAGCUGCUGGAGCGCGGCCUGGUGUGCGCGCCCGAGUCCCUGCACACUGUCCACGCGGCCCUCGUCUCCGUGGAGAAGAUCCCAUAUUUCCGGGGGCCCCUGCAGACCAAGGCCAAGUUCCACAUCACCGUGGGCCACGAGACGGUCAUGGGCCGGGUGAUGUUCUUCAGCCCUGCCCCCGACGACUUUGACCGCGAGCCGGUGCUGGACUCCUUUGACUUCUCCCGAGAAUACCUCUUCCAGGAGCAGUACCUGUGCCCGGGCUCAGCGCCAGCCGCCACAGACAGCGGGGAGGCCGACCGGAAGGCGGGCCAGGCCCCCGAAGGCUGCUGCCCCCGGCAGCAGUGGGCCCUUGUGGAGUUUGAGAAGCCCGUCACCUGCCCUCGGCUGUGCCUGGUGAUCGGCUCCAGGCUGGACGCAGACAUCCACGCCAACGCGUGCCGGCUGGCCUUCCACGGCGUCCUGUUGCGCGGGCUGGAGGACAGGGGCUACGCCGAGAGCGUCCUGCCCACACUCAGGGUGUACAAGCUGAAGCACAAGCAGGGCGUCGUGGAGCGGGUGAUGGAUGACUACAGCGUGAUCGGCCGCUCCCUGUUCAAAAAGGAGACCAACAUCCAGCUCUUCGUGGGGCUCAAGGUGCACCUGUCCACCGGGGAGCAGGGUGUCAUUGACAGUGCCUUCGGCCAGAGUGGCAAGUUUAAGGUCCACAUCCCAGGCGGCCUCAGCCCCGAGUCCAAGAAGAUCCUGACACCUGCCCUCAAGAAGCGGGGCCGCACCGGCCGCGGGGAGGCAGCCAGGCAGGAGGACGGCCCCGAGCGGCCGGAGCCUGCGCAGCCCGUGGCUCUCAGCCUGUCCUUCAAGCGCUACGUCUUCGACACCCACAAGCGCAUGGUCCAGUCUCCCUGAGUGCCCACUGGUCGUCCCCGGGGCAUCUCACCCAGGCCUGACUGGGCCACAGAGCCAAACCCCCGACCAGACGUGCCUCCACCCCUGCGCCCUCCCGCCAGGGGACAGCACCCGUGUCGGAUGGACUUCGGCCAGACAGCUGCUGGCUAGUGGCUCCCCGGCUGCCUGGCUGGUGGCCCAGCACUAGCCAGGUGCAAAUAAAUGUGCCAUGGUGCCUGCUCA